CCCCGCGGGGACUCGGGUCGUUCCGGCCCCGCUCGGAUCGUUUUGGCUCAGUUCGGCCCAGGUCGGCUCGGCCAUGGCCCGGGCCGCGCUGCUGGCUGUGGCCGCGCUGCUGGCGCCCGCCGCCGCCUGGGCUCCCUCCGCCGAAGAGGAGCUGCAGUUCAAGGCCUGGAUGCUGCAGAACAACCGGCAGUACGGCCCGGCCGAGUACCCGCGGCGGCUGCGCAUCUUCCUCGGCAACAAGCGGCAGGUCGAGCAGCACAACGCCGGCAACCACAGCUUCCAGAUGGGCCUCAACCAGUUUUCAGAUCUGACCUUCACAGAAUUCAAGAAGUUGUACCUGUGGAGGGAGCCCCAGAACUGCUCGGCCACCAAGGGGAACUUCCUGCGCAGCUCCGGGCUCAGCCCUGACUCCAUCGACUGGAGGAAGAAGGGAAAUUUUGUCACACCCGUGAAGAACCAGGGCCCUUGUGGGAGCUGCUGGACCUUCUCCACCACAGGAUGUUUGGAGUCUGCUAUUGCUAUUGCCACAGGAAAGCUUCUCUCUCUGGCGGAACAGCAGCUGGUUGACUGUGCCCAGGCGUUCAACAACCACGGCUGCAGUGGGGGGCUGCCAAGCCAAGCCUUUGAGUACAUCCUGUACAACAAGGGGCUGAUGGGGGAGGACAGCUACCCGUACCGGGCCAAGAACGGGACCUGCAGGUUCCAGCCGGAGAAGGCGGUUGCGUUUGUCAAGGAUGUGAUCAAUAUCACCCAGUACGACGAGGAUGGCAUGGUGGAGGCUGUGGGGAAGCACAACCCAGUGAGCUUUGCCUUUGAGGUGACCCCUAACUUCAUGCACUACAGGAAAGGAGUCUACUCGAACCCCCGCUGUGAGCACACCCCUGACAAGGUGAACCACGCUGUCCUGGCCGUGGGCUACGGGGAAGAAGGUGGAAUUCCCUACUGGAUCGUGAAGAACUCGUGGGGCCGGCUCUGGGGCAUGGACGGGUACUUCCUCAUCGAGCGUGGCAAGAACAUGUGCGGCCUCGCUGCCUGCGCGUCCUACCCGGUGCCUCAGGUGUGAGGGGGGCUGGGCAGGGGGCUCAGCGACCACCCCCUGGGAGCCAGGCCCGCAGCGGGGGCUGGAGCCCGGGGCCGCUGCUGGCUCCG